CAUUCCUGCAGGUGCAGGUGAUUUUCUCCGUCUGAACCGAGAAGUUGCUCGUCAAACAGGAAACCUCUCGUGGUCAAAGAUCGCUGCCGUCCUGUUCCGGGACCAUUAGUAUCUCUGGCGUUUGCGGCAUAAUGAGGCCAGCGGCGCAGUGACUGGGUGGCUGUGAUUGAAGAGCGGAGCCCACCAUGGGGACCAAGGUUUCGAGCUGGGACAGAGUUGUCUCGUGCUGUUGCUGCAAGAAGGCCGAGAAGAACAAGGAGAGCAGUAAAGUCAUCACAGUUAUUUCCAACCCAGCGGUGGUCGGGAAGGUGGAGGUGGACCACCCUGUUAACAGACCUCUACCCUCACCCCCGGGCUUCGUAAAGCCAAGUGGGGGCCGCUACAUCGCCCUGUUUGAUUACUCUGCCCGUACUGUGGACGAUCUGACAUUUAACUCCGGGGAUGUUCUGGAGCUUCUGGACCCCAGCGCCGGAGAGUGGUGGAUCGCUAGAGCCAUCACCGGGAUCUCGACCAACAAACAAGGAUACAUCCCAGCCAACUACGUGGCCCCUGUGGAGAGCAUUGACGCGGAACCAUGGUAUUUCCCAGACACCAAGAGGCUGGAUGCAGAGAAGUUGCUCCUGGCCAAUGGGAACCUGCAAGGUUCAUUCCUCAUUAGAAACUCUGAAAGUCAGAAAGGAGAGUACUCUCUGUCAAUUUUGCACCAAGGGGCGGUGAAACACUAUAAACUCCAGAAGCGGGAAGACGGUGACUACUACGUGUCUAGAACCAAGUCCUUCCCAACACUGAAGGACUUGGUGGAAUUUUACUCCAGACAGUCUGAUGGGCUGUGUGCGCGUCUGGGCGAGCCAUGCAGAAAGAUAGAGGCUCCACAGACCUAUGGUCUGUCCUACAACACGGUGGAUCAGUGGGAGAUUCCUCGCAGUUCUAUCAAGCUGCUGACCAAGCUGGGAGCCGGACAGUUUGGAGAAGUCUAUGAGGGGUUGUGGAACGGAACCACGUCAGUCGCUGUGAAGACCCUCAAACCUGGUACAAUGGACCCUGCAGAAUUCCUGGGAGAGGCUCAGCUCAUGAAGAGGUUGCGGCACCCCAAGCUGAUCCAGCUGUAUGCCGUGUGCACCAUGGAGGAUCCCUUCUACAUCAUCACAGAGCUGAUGAGGCACGGCAGCCUGCUGGAGUACCUUCGAAAGGACAAGGGUCUCACUCUGCGCAUCUCAGACCAAAUUGAAAUGGCAGCCCAGGUGGCAUCAGGCAUGGCUUACUUGGAGCAGCAGAACUACAUCCACAGAGACCUGGCUGCCAGGAACGUUCUGGUGGGCGACAACAACAUCUGCAAAGUGGCAGAUUUCGGUCUGGCCAGGGUUUUUAUGAAAGAAAAUGAAAAUGUAUAUGAGGCCAAGGAGGGGAGUAAAUUCCCUGUGAAGUGGACUGCUCCGGAGGCAAUCAAUGAUAAUAAGUUCACCAUCAAAUCAGAUGUUUGGUCCUUUGGCAUCUUGCUGUAUGAGAUCAUGACAUUUGGUCAGAUGCCUUACCCAACUAUGACCAACAUGCAGGUAGUCCAAUGGCUUGCUAAAGGCAAAAGGAUGGACUGUCCCCCCAACUGCCCGAAACAGCUGUACGACAUCAUGAGCGAAUGCUGGAAGGAAAACGAACAGGAACGGCCCACGUUUGAUACGCUGCAGUGGAAACUGGAGGAUUACUUUGAGAUGGAUCUGACCUCCUAUGAUGACAGCUGCCGCUAUUAGAGCAAAAGCCUUCUGUGACUGUUAAUGAAGGAUAAAUCCAAAUCAGUCGAUUGGACAUUGAUUAUAACAUAACUGAAAAUCCCACCUAAUAUGGUCAGAUGAAGGAUUUAAAACUGUAUCAAGCAGAGUUUGAACUACAACCACACUUCUGUUCUUCACUUGUUUGAAUGCACUUUUAGAGGGCCAGCUUAUCUGUUGAGCCUGAUUCCCAUGUGACUGGAGGAGGCGCCGUUCAGAUUAGCUGUCACUCAGAAGCAUCUGGUUCUGCUGGUUUCAUCCAUACCACAAAUUCUUUUCAACUGUUCAACUCAUGCCGGGGGUCACCUGGUAUGAUCUGGGAACUCUGUUUGUUUUAAGCCUUCAUGUCAUGGUGUUUUUAAAAGAUGUUUGCAGAAAUGUUAAACGAAAACAGUGAUCCAUAUAUAGCCUUAGAGAUUUACUUUGUCAUUUUCCUGCUCUUUAGCUAUGGAGCAUCACACUUCUGUUGCUCCAUGCUGAUUAACUCCAACCAUUAAAGCAAUGCUUAAAGACACAGGAAAUUCCCAGCACUCUACUUCCACAUCAUUUUCCUGCAUUAUAAUGACUUGGUGAGUGAGCAGUCAAAAGACAGACUUCUUUUCUUGUGCAAAGAGUUUUUGCUGCUCAGACCUGUUGGGAUUCCUGGCUCAUUCUCUGAACAAAUAGAACCUGUUUGUUGACUUCAUGGCCUGAUGCUUUUAAUGUUCUAAACAAAUUCCUCAUAAUUGUAUAUUCUAACCACUGAAAGUGUUUAUAGAAAUCUUGCUGUAUUUAAACUUGAUUAUCUUUAUGCCUUACUUAAUUAAACAAAUUCUAUUUAUGAUGAAGAGGUUGGGUUGUUGUGUAUGUGGGGCCCAGCUCUAAUCGGAGGAGACCCAUGAAAUACUGACAUCAGUCAAAAUGUCUGUAUUGAAUUAUAAUAAUGGACCAAGGAAUUGGCCAGAAAUCAGAAUACAGUUUCAUUCAGUUCUGAUCAAUAAGUUAAUUGGUUGGAAUUUAAAUUUCCAAAUAGUUUUGACAUUUAUGGGCUGUAAAGGCACCACCAAAACUUUUGGAUCGUCUUUUUGUUUUGUUUUUUGGAAUGAAUAAAAAUCAGAUUUGGAUGAGA